AUGCGCUUCUCCAUCACCACCAUUAUCGCCACUCUGGCCCUGAGCAUCAACGCCAUGCCCGCCCAGAGCGAGCCCGCCGCCGUGGUCAACCGGGACGUCAGCUCAAGCGAGCUCGCACAGAUGAUGCGAGACACACAGACUUCAAAUCUUCCGCCGCAUCCGUCGAGGCGCAGGCCUGUGACUUGGACUGGUGGAACACCUGCAGGGACACGUGCCCCAUCGCAGGACCCUGCCAGGGAUGCACGAUCGGCUGCAUCAUCGGGUGCUGUGGAAGCUCUGGCUGCUGCUAAGGACAUGCUAGAUGCUGUGGCCUGA